CCAAAGAUAAUGCAUAUUUUUCCAUGAAUGGUGGCGAUGGAUAUCACAGCUAUGUCAAAAACUCAUCCUACCAGAGAGGAAUAUUGGAAACUUCAAACGCAAUCAUCGAAGAAGAAAUAGCCAAAAAAUUAGAUAUUUCAACUAGUACCUUCUGCAUUGCCGACUUCGGAUGCUCAACCGGAAGCAACUCUUUUCCGGCCAUGCACACGAUCAUCGAAGCCGUCAAACAGAAAUACGAAUCCUCAGACCUCAAAACCCCAGAAUUCUAUGUCUGCUUCAACGACAGUGUCUCCAACGAUUUCAACACCCUCUUCAAUUCCCUCCCGUCCGACAGGAGCUAUGAGGCUUCCACAGUGCCCGGAGACUUCCACCUCCGCCUUCUCCCACCGUCGUCUGUCCACUUUGCGUACUCUUCUUGGGCGCUCCAAUGGCUGUCGGAGGUGCCCAAGGCGGCAGAGGGCCUCAAGUCUUCAAUUUGGAGCGGAGGAGAGGGAAAGGAGGUUUAUGCAGCUUAUUUGGGGCAGUUUGAGAGGGAUAUGGAAUCAUUCUUGAAGAGUAGGGCUGUAGAAAUGGUUAAAGAUGGGAUUGUGGCUCUUCUCAUUCCGGCCUUACCGGCCUAUUGGGACCCACAAAAAGAGUUUACUAUUGGAACGCUGGCCGACCUUCUCAGAUCUUCCCUCCUCGACAUGGCUAAAAAGGGAAGAUUGUGCAAGGCGAAGUCGGAGACUUUUAACUUUCCAUGCUAUAUUCCCACCUCAGAGGAGUUGAUACCUAUUUUGCAAAAGAACAAUAGUUUCAGCAUAGAAAGAAUGGAGAUUUUGAAGACUCGGACUUUGCUCACGGUUGAUGGCCACGUGGCAGCUUUAAGGGCAGUUAAACAAAAUAUACUUACACAUGAGUUUGGAGACAAAAUCAUCGACGAAACGUUCAACCUUUUGAAGAAGAAACUCCAAAGUUCACAUGCUUACGCAAAUGCUUCUAAUGAUAGAACUAUUGUGGUUGUUGUUAUUCUCAAGCGCAAUGAUGUUUAGUAUGUGGUCACGGUCGUUGUUUUGUUGCUCAGAGAACACAAUCAAAUAAAGUGUUUCUGUUAAGAAAUAUUCUCUCUCUGUCCCCCAAUAAUUGUCCACUUUGGUUCUGGCAAGGGUUUUAAGAAAUGUAAAGA